UAGUGUAUUUGAUACCACAAGGAGUACGUGAGACCACAGAUCUUCAGAGUCGGUGUCAAAACCCACGGCUCUUCAGGAUUUUUAGACACCUUCUCCUGCAUCCGGAAGGCUCAGGUAUUCUCAAGAACACUCAACACUUCAUUCUGAGAUGAUAUGUGGUGCGAAAAAAAAGAAGAAAUGUUUAAUGAUGAUAAAUAUUUAAUUAUAAGAAAGAAAAAAGACAAAUACACUUGAGCCCAAGAUUUUUUUUUUUCUGUCUUCACUUUUUUUUUCAUUAAUUUCUUCAAAAUAAACCCAACCAUAAAGAGAACCAUGUACAGUGGUGUUGAUAUUAUCAUUCCUUGUUAAUUUAAUUAAACAUCACAAGAUUUAAUUUCAUUAGCAACUACUGGAAAAUUAAUAAGUGCUGAAGAAGCAAAAUACUUGUGAAAAGUUCUCUUAAUGAUACAUGACACGUACGUAACAUGUUCAUUAAAAGGAAGGAGAAAAAAAAUUGUUUCCAAAUUUCUGUGUGCGGCGAAGAUUAAGCCAAGAUUAUGCGCGCCAACGUCACCCAAAAAGCAUAAUUGCUAAAUUAAUUUUAAUGAAAUUAAAUUGCUAUUAUAUCAUUUGGGCAUAUUAACGUGGCAAAGAUUUUGAUUAAUUAUAUUCUGGAAAUAAUCAUCUGCUAGAGAUCUGUUUAGCUGCCAGUUCGAACUUUUUGUCUCUGAAGUAAUUAAUUAGAGACUGGGUGAAUUCGAUUUAAUUUUGGCGCAAACGCCCGUGAGAUAAUUAUUUUUAGGAACGAAUGAUUUGUGCGUUAAAAAAAAAAUAUCCUUUCUUCUCUGCGCUGCGGUAAGGGACGUUUGGAACGGAAGUAAUGCGAAUUAAUGGAAAUUAAUGUUACCAAGAAUGUUUGACUGAACAAAAAAGAGUGAGGGAAAAGACUACCACCUCGUUGAGCAAAAUCGUUGUUAAGCGGUACUUGUGAUCGUCGUACAAAGACGUCCAAUAAGUAUUGCAAACAAAUGCAACUAUUGGACUGACAGAAAAAUACAAUAUCUGUGUUAAUAAAUUGUUCUGCCCAGACCAAGUCUAUUAGCAUUAUGAUUGAUGAUCAAUUGCCUCUAUUUGAAGUUUUCCAUGACCUAAAUGAUUCUUAAAAGAUCAAGCUUUGAUUUAUUGUUAGAAUAUGAACAAAUUGCUUUUUGAAAUUUUCAAUUUGUCGAUGUUAAAUAUGCAUAAGCAACUAUAGCACAUUGAUUACAUUGCGCCAAACAGAGCAACUCUGAACUAUCUUAACUCAAAAUGAAAGUCUGAGAACGCAUCUGAAUUUACAUCUAAUCAUGGCAGUAUUGCAACUCAGGUGGAGGUGGUUGUUCUUCAUCCUCUUUCUCCAGAAAAGCAUCGAGGCAUUUGUUCUAGAAGGUUCUCCAACUUCGUACGCUCAGUUCAAACGAUGGUACGCCGGUAUGACUGACUCAUUAUCCUUUGAAUUCAAAACCACAGAACCGAAUGGUUUGCUUCUGUAUCUGGACGAUGGUGGCAUAGGCGAUUUUUUCGAACUUAAACUUGUAGAUGGCACCAUUAGAUUUAGAUUCAACCUUGGUGGUGGAGCUAUGCUAACUCAUGCAGGUGUCAAUCUACACGAUGACCAGUGGCAUCGAGUAGAACUCAUCCGCAGCAUCGAAGAUACGAUUCUGAAGGUGGACGAAGAGACUCAGAGCAAAGUGACCAAAGGCACAGAUUAUCAUUUUGGGAAUUAUUCGAGUAACAGUUUUGUCUACAUAGGUGGCAUUCCCAGUUGGUACAGUGCCAAACUGACUCAGAUGUCUUUACCAUCGGUGUUUUUUGAGCCUCAUUUCAAAGGAUCGAUCAGGAACGUGGUCUAUGCAAGUGAAGAUGGACCUCAUCGUCAACAAGACAUGGUGGAGUUUAAGGGAAUACGUUCCAAUGAGUUAGAUGCUUGCAAACAUCAUGAUCCCUGCCAACAUAAUGGUGUCUGCAUCAGCACUGACAGUGGAGCCAUUUGCGAUUGUGGCACUGGAGACUAUGACGGAAACUUCUGUGAAAAAGAACGGACUCCUGCUGAAGCCACCUUUCGCGGUUCCGAGUAUCUGUCCUUCAACCUCCUGUCCCUCAACGCCGAGCCCAUCCUCAGCUCCAGUGACCAGAUCUCCCUGUACUUCAAGUCCAGACAGCCCAACGGUUUGCUGCUGUACACGGGUAAAGGAGAGGAUCACCUGUUGCUCACCCUAAAGGACGGAGGAAUCUUGCUCAUCAUUCACCUUGGGUCCAGCUCUGUGGAGAAGGUCCUAAAACCCGCCAAAGUCAGAUUCGAUGACAAUCAGUGGCAUAAGGUGCUCGUCCAUAGAAAAGUCAGAGAGAUUACCAGAGCGACCAGCUUUUGCCACUUUUCCAUCACUGUGGACGGAGUGUACACGGAGCGGGGUUCCACAGCUGGCACCUUCAACCUGCUCUCGAGUAGCGUGCUCUAUGUGGGAGGUGCUGACCACUCGGCCGGACAUCAGGGCGCCCGCCAGCACUCCAACUUCGUCGGGUGCAUCAAGAAGGUAGAAUUUGUAGCCGAUAGCUUGCGCCUGGAGGUCAUCGAGUUGGGGAGAACUGGUAACAAAUUGAUUCAACAGCAAGGAAGUGUCCAGUACUUGUGCCAAGAAGUCGAGGCCGCAGAUCCCAUUACUUUUACGAACAAAGAAUCUUUCCUGGCCCUGCCGAGCUGGGAUGCUGCCAGAAGCGGAAGCAUCGCCUUCAAGCUCCGCACCAACGAAGCCAACGGAGUUCUCAUGUACAACACCGGUGCCACUGCUCAAGGGGACUUCUUCGCAUUCGAGCUCCUGGAUGGACACGUGUUUCUCUUGCUCAAUCUAGGCUCCGGUGCUGUCAAGGUGAAAGCAACGACGCGGAGAGUCGACGACGGUCAAUGGCAUUCGGUGUCUUUGAAGCGGUCUGGAAAAUCCGGGAGAGUAACAGUCGAUGAAUCAGCUGUGGAUUUUAUCACACCAGGAAAUUCCAACCAGUUAGAUCUAGAAGGACCCCUUUAUGUGGGUGGUGUCGGAACAAGUGCGCAGGGUGUCCUAAUACCUAGUGAGCUGUGGUCCGGCAGCUUACGAUACGGCUACGUUGGCUGCAUGAAAGAUCUCAUCAUCAACGGCCGGACUGUGGACAUUGCUGGGGUCAGCCAAAAACAGGAUUCGGGAAGCAUUCGUCCUGCUUGCCACACCCCUACACCACAGUGCGACAGCCAACCGUGUCUCAAUAAUGGACUCUGCCUUGAAGGAUGGAACCACUUCACUUGUGACUGCUCUCACACUAGCUACUCGGGAACUGUGUGCGCCAAAGACGCAACCACCUUGAGCUUCGAUGGUACCCAGUACAUGAAGAUCACUGUGCUGGAGGGCCCGACCCAAGCGGAGGACAUCAGAUUGAGGAUGAAGACGACUCGACCAAGUGGCCUACUGUUCGCUACCUCCUCCGAGAAAUCGACCACCGCCAUGUCGGCCGCCCUGGAGGCUGGCAGAUUCAAAUUGGUCCUCAACCUUGGUGAUGGAAACAAGGUCUUCUUCGUUGGCCAAGGACUCAACGAUGACCAGUGGCAUACACUUCACGUGACCAGGAGGGGACAAAGCAUGGACGUCAAAGUGGAUUCCGAAGCUACAUCUCGAGAACUCAGUGGACAAAACAUCAACCUCGAUUUUCAAGUCUUGUACAUAGGCGCCAUGGGCACGGAGAGACCACCAACGUCCCUGACAUCGCCUUCAACGAAUAAAGACAUUCCGAACUUUGUUGGCCAUAUGCAGCAUUUCAUCUUCAACGGACAGCACUUCUUCGAUAUGGCCAGAAGUGGACAAAUGACGAAUUUCAAAGUGACAGCCAAAUUCGGUAAAAAGGACGAGAUCGUCCAUCACCCAGUCACCUUCAAAUCUAAAUUCACUUUCAUCGGCCUGUCGCAGCUCAAGGCCUACUCCUCCAUGAAUCUCUACUUCCAGUUCAAGACUCUCGAACCUAAUGGACUCAUCCUCUUCAAUGGCGGCAAGGGACAGGAUUUCAUUGUCAUCGAGCUGGUGGACGGUCAUUUGCACUACAUAUUCAAUCUAGGGGACGGACCUCGGAAAGUUAGAUCGAACACCAGAACAACGUUGAACGACAACCAAUGGCACGCAGUCACUAUAGGCCGGCCAUCGGUGAAGCAGCACACCCUCAUGGUUGAUGACAUGAUAGCCACAGUGGCCAGCACAGGAUCCAACGUCCACUUGGACUUGGAUGGCCUCCUCUAUCUGGGGGGAGUGAGACGGGCCUCCUAUACUUCGCUGCCCAAGCUCGUGCAGUCCAGACACGGAUUCGAAGGGUGCCUGGCUUCUUUGGACCUCAACGGGGAGACCAUCGAUCCCAUCAAGGACGCCGUGGUACCCAGCACCCUCGUGUCAUCAGGUUGUGCAGGACCUGUGACAAAAUGCAGCACCACGGCCUGCGCCAACAGAGGCAUCUGCGUCCAGAUGUGGAACAGUUACACAUGCGACUGCGACAUGACUUCCUUCACUGGUCCGACCUGCUCAGAUGAGAGCAUCUCGUACAAGUUCGGUGCCAAAGGUGGUCUUAUCACCUUCACUUAUCCGACGGACAAGCGGCCGGACACGAAGAGUGACCUCCUCGCCCUCGGAUUCAUCAGCUCCACCGACAACGCUGUUCUGGUGCGAAUCGACAGCGGCAGCAGCAACGAUUACAUGGAACUCGAGAUAGUUGACGGUAAUGUAUUCAUGGUUUAUAAUAUGGGCACGGAAGAUCAUCCGAUUGGCGAAUUGAGCGUCAAUGUCAAUGACAAUCAGUAUCAUGUGGUCCGCUUCACAAGAUCUGGUCCAAAUUCAACCAUUCAAAUCGAUGACCAUAACGUCCGCACCAAACAGCCAACUGGACGCCAGCACACCAUUUUCAACAGUCACUCCAAAAUCCAGGUUGGCGGGAAAUUCAACUCCGUCAAGAACAGAAUCGAAAGGCCGUUUCAGGGCGUCAUUUCCGGGCUAGUUUUCGGCGGGAACAGAAUCCUUGACAUGGCAGCUGAAGAUGAUCCGAGAUUGUCCUUGCAAGGGGACGUCGAACUACUUAUCGCUAUGCCCCCUGGCGGGCAAACGGUGGAUUCGGCUGAAAAUUCGGAAGAGAAGUCCACCACAGCUGAUCCUGUGGAACCAACCGAAGAAAUGGUCUUCUCUGGGGCCGGCUCCGGCUGCUGGGACGAUGAAGAUGACUGUGAAGCGUCCAACAAUGAGAAGCAUGAAGAACUUAUUACUCCAGAAUUUGUUUCACCAACGCCCGAGGACACUGUUCAGCCAAAUCCCAAUGAAGCUUGUGAAGACGAUGAUGACUGCAGCAUCGACAUUGGAUCAGGCAUUUCCGAAGGCGAAGUGGGCAGGCCAGAAGACAUCUUGCUCACCAUCCCUACCAUCCAUCCCCUGUCACCAGAACGUGGCCCCAUGUCUUCCAUACCCACCAUUCCGCCCAUCAUGAUAGUGUCUCACAGCAACCUACCUCCAGAUCAGCCCCCUUACGCUAAAACUACCAGAGUGCCAGCUGUGGUGUACGAGGUUCCUAUCCCGGGAUUGCUGCCGAAUGGCAAGGAUUACCAGAGGCCAACCCAAAGAACUCGAAGUUCCGCGGACAACACAGCUCUAGUCAUUGGUGUCAUUGCCGGUGCCCUCAUAGCAAUCGUGCUCAUUGCCCUCAUCGUCUACAAACUUAGGAACAGAACAGAGGGUUCUUACAAAGUGGACGAAAGUAAGAAUUACCAAUUCGGAGCACAGUUUGGUGCUAUCGCUGCUAGUCCAGCAUUUCUGAAUGGUCCUUUGCCACCUGUUAAUGGACUCAGCAAGAGUCAUCCUGAAAAAACACCCAAAAAGAAGAAAGGCGGCAAGGAUUUGAAAGAAUGGUAUGUGUAAUGGCUGAGUUCAUCAAAACACUCCACGUUUGCUUCGUCGAUAAUUUCAGCGCUAUGGCUUUAAACAAGUCUUGAUUUAUGAAAAGAUGAUUAAUGGUUUUAUUAAAUGCAUAACUUUGAAGAAAAAUCAAAAUACAAUGUGAAAAGUGUAAUGAUGUUGGUACUCUAAAGCUCAAACUAAACUAUGUCGCAUACCUUCAGAAUAUUAUCUGUGUCCUCAAACUCAUAUCUCUGCCAUUUCAUAAUUUUCGAGGGAAUACCAACCUAAGCAACCCGAAGAACUUGAAUUUUAAUCAGAAAGGGUAUAGAAGAUACGAAACAUUUGAAUUGCUUUACAUUUGAUUUAAAAUUUCAGUUAAUUCAAUCCAAAGCACGAUUCUAUUUAUUUUAUUUUUAUUUAAUAUUUCCUUGGACAGAAUUAUUGUGAAACAGAAAAACAGUUGCUUUUUACAUUUUUCGUUUCGAUUUUAGCUGAUAAUCCAGUCAGCUGAUUUUAUUUUACUUUUUAGUCAUUUUAUAUCACAAAGUUAUACAAAACAUCUGAGCAGCAAAACCACAAGCUGUAAAAUAAAGAAAUAUCAUUCAGAAAAUAUAUUAUUCAGUUUCUCCAAAAAAUAUAUAUAUUUCAACAAUAUCAUUGAAAGAUUUAAAAAUGUUGCCAGCUUUCGGAUUUAUAGCGCAAAUUACUGCAUAAAUAAAUGCAACUGAAGAACAAAACCGUAUGAAUAAUACACUUUGUGCAAAGGCAAAUACUGUUGAGUAUGUCAUGUGUGCAUACUUCCCAAAAAAAUUGAAAAAUUUCUUCCUGUAUUAAAUAUAUUCACAAAGAACUUAAAAAAAAAAAAAAAAAAAAAACUGAAAAACAUCUUAUAAUUCCUGCGAGAGAAUGUUUACUUUUUUUCUUACGAGAGAAACAACCCCCACCCCCCAAAUUCUGUAACUUAUCAGAUAUGGAAUAUCAAAUGCUUAAUUAUUUAUUUUUGGAUUAACGGAUGCAUAUUAUAUGAGCCUUUUAAUUUUGUAAGCAUUGUAGGGGAAAGUACAUGCUUUAAUUAAUGGAUUCCGAAAAGUCUUUGUAGUUCUGAAAUGACUUGACAAUCCUUGUGAACUAUUUAUAACAAAUGAAAUCUGAAUACAUAUGUCAUUAGAUUUCCUUCUUUUGAAUAUAAAUGUGAAGGCAAAACUUAUUCAGUCAAAUCCUUUUUAACAUUCUUUGAAACACUGUUUCAAGUUUGAAAUGCUCUCUAAAUUCAGGGAAUUGAAAUGCUCUAAAACUGUAAAUAUCAAAGAUAUUGUCACUUAAUAUUUCUUUCAUUUUCCCACCAAGAUGAAAUGGUAUUUUUUAAUUUUGUAAUAAUGAUUGCUCCAAAUUCCUACAUGGUGCUAGAUUAUUUCACCUAGUAGAAAUCAUGUAAACGGUCGGAGUAGUAUCAAUGUUGUUUUUUAAAAUUACAAAUCAAUUAUUUGUAUGUUUCUAUAAUGCAAUGUUUCCAAUUUUUAAAUAUCCCCUAAAUAAUCAGAACAAGGAGGUAUGAAAUUGAAAUCCUAUUUUGAGGACAAAUAACAGAUCAAUUUACCAUGUUAUGAAACAAAACAUUGCCACAACUAUAUGAAUGAAAUUGUUGUCAAAAUACUUGAUUUGGUUGUGUUUCUAAUUUCAAAACCUCUAUAAACAGUUGUCAUAAAGAGUUUUUAUUAA